GUCACGGCGUGUGCGCAUGCGCGGGGCCGGCUGAGGCGGCGAGCGGCGGCCUGCGGAGGGGAGCGGCGGUGGUGUCGGUCAGUGCUCAGUGCCUUCCGGACAUGCUGUCUCUCCUGGCCAGGGCGGCCGCCGGGCCUCUGGGCCGCUCGCCCUUCAGUUCCCUGGCGCCGUGGUGGCGGGCGGUGCCGCUGCCCGCGCCGCUGAGCCGGGCCCUGUCGCCGUGGUGCGGGGCGGCCGCCCCCCGCGCCCUGCUGGCACUCCCGUCUCCUGCCGGGCUGCUGCCGCCGCUCGUCGCGGGGCUGAAGAGCAAAACGUCGCUGAAGAGGCGCUGCAAGGACUGCUUCAUGGUCCGGCGGCGGGGCCGGCUCUACGUGCUCUGCAAAACCAACCCCCGGCACAAGCAGCGGCAGCUGUAGGCCUGCGGCCGGAACGCCGCCGCGGGAUCCCGGAGGGCAGGGAGUGGGCGUGGUGUGGGCCUCGAGUCCGGCUCUCCGUGUCCCUGCUGCGGGCACCGCGCCCUCUGCCCUGCGGCUUCAGAGAGCUGACUGCUGGGGACACAAAUCGCCAAAUGGUGAAGGUGACAGCGUUUCAUCUUAGCGCUAAAGUAGAGCGGGUGGAGUUCUUCACCGCCCGUGCUGUAACUUCACAUCAUGGAUGCUGAGAACUGAACUGGGAAGCCACAGCUUUCAGGACCUCUUCUUAUCUUAGCCGUGAAGCCUUACUUACAAUCACCUCUCUGUUAAUUUAGUAUGGGCAAAGGUGAAUCAUCAGACUCUUGAUAUGUGUUUGUGUUUCAUUAAAGCAUAAUGAAAAUAAAGUCUGUUGAUGUGCAUUGUUACAAUAUACAAUUAAUCUUAAAAAACCUCUCAAACCCUAGAUGUUGAAGGAUGUUAGAACCAAUAGUUUCAAACUCAGAUGGGCUUCUAAGUGGGAAAUAAAUAUGUUACUUUGAAA